UUCGACCGACACAAUCGGACGGAACUACUCUACAGGGCUACUACGUUUACAUUCGGCAGUUCAAUUCGGAACUUUGAGCGGUCUACUACGUUUCCGGUAGUGUGUUCGCGAGUCUGACCGAUUGACAGAGAAAAACAAAAAAGAAACACACUCAAAAGCGCAUUCAGAACCGUGCUCUCGCCUACUUUGUGUCUGGUUUGGUGUUUUUCAAGAUCCUGAUUAGUUAUUUUCUCUAGUUUUCCCAUAAUUGUUAAGUGUAUUCCAAUUGUUUCACAAAAUUCGUGCUCACGUUUAUUGUGAAGGAAAAAUCCGUACCGUUGUGACAUUUUCCGGCUUGCGUUGAGGAUUUUUCGUGCUUUUCGUCAACCCGUUUGGUACUGCGGUUGGGGAAAGAAAUACUGAACCUAAUGUACCAUUGGUAAUAGUCUCUGUUGUGAUGAUCUAUUUUUAAUGCGGAUGGGUUUAUUUUUCAUGAACAACGCAAACGAAAGCAAAUCAAGUGACAUCUCAUCACCAUUGGGACACUUCAAGAGAAAUAAUUUUUGCUUACGCUAACUCAGCUGGUUGGAAAAAUUUGACUUCACCAAUGGAAAAACCCCGAUGAAAAAUCAAUCGUCGGUCGUCAGCCAAAAUCCUGAAGCAGAAUAUUUCGCAAGUUCCGGAGCUCGUUCAACAGUUGGGCCAGCCUAAGUACAACAAAACAGCACAAUAGGUCGACAAUUGGAUCACACACAGAUUCCGUCGUCGGACAGCGCCAAAAAGCUAGAGAGCGGCAGGGCGGACGACCGGUGUGAAGUUAUUUGCAAUCUGGCCGUAAAUGGCGAUGAUGAUGAUGAUGAUGACGAUCAUGACGAUGUUCCACAAGUGCCAAUAGAUUGACUUGACCUAAGUCGCGCUUCACGAGAACCUAACAGAUCGGCCAGACAACAGGCUUAGUUCGAACCAGAAAGCUCAACGAUAAAAUACCUUCCAGGCGGCAGGUUCUCCAAUAUCGUCGGAGAGCUCCUGCAGGAACGACCGAAAAAAGGCAUCCAGUCGUCGGCCAGUUGAAACCAAUUAGUUUGUGAAUUUAUCGCCGAUUUUAAUGUGCAAUUGCUGUGAUUUGAUUUAAGUUGUACCGCAAUACCACAAGCAAAUCGUAUUUAAAAAAAAGUUAUUACCGUGAGAGCAAUACAAAUAAAGCACAAAGUCUCGAGUCGGUUUAUUAGUCGAAUAAAUCAAAAUUAGUCUCUUCUGAAAAGAGCAGUAAACUAAAUGGGUAAUUUGCCAGGACCAGCUAUCCAGAGGUAAUUUCCGGUGGUCUUCGCAUCGAUGAAAGCACUCAAUAGGACCAAAUGUCGCAUCGUUAGGCGCUUGUUUUUGUUUUUCGCCACCCUUUCGAUUAUACCAUUUACGGUGCUCUAUCUGGUGACUUCGGAUCAUCUGUACCGAUUUCGGGCUUAUAACUACGGCAAUGGGACAGGGUCGCACCAUCAGCUGCAGUUCCAGCACGUGCACCAUCCACCCCCGAAAGCGCACCACAAUGGCGCGGCACAGUCAUCGUUCCGGAAGUUUCCGAUGUUCGACCAGCAGCAGAGGCUGGAGUCGGUUAAAAACGGCACUUCCGCCGGUCAGCAGUAUCUGAUCGACAUGGAAUACAUGCGGCACCGGAUGGAAAACCGAGUCGGACGACUCAACGAAAAAUGUUCCGAAUAUCGGUUGAACGAGCAGAGAUCAAAUAACGGCCCCAAAGCGUGGGAAUAUCUCAUCAACCGGGACUACCAUCUGGUGUGGUGCAACGUGUUCAAGGCGGCCUCAACCUCGUGGAUGUACAACUUCAACCUGCUGGCCGGUUACAGUCCAGAGUUCCUCAAGAAAACCAAAGAUGUGCCGCUGCAGUUGGCUCGGCAAAAGUAUCCUCGCCCUUCGGUGGAAGCCCUCCGGGAGGCCAUCAAUGGGUCUAUCUCAUUUAUCAUAGUACGACAUCCGUUUGAGCGGCUCGUCAGUGCCUACAAAGACAAGAUUCAGUACGCUCUGCCCAAUUCGCACCACCAGAAGCUGGGCGUUCGAAUUGUGCAAAAGUACCGAAAGACCCCCGUCAAGAAUCCUGAAGGGGGGCGAAGGGGACAGUCCUGGUACCCGACGUUUGCCGAAUUUGUCAAUUACCUGCUGGACGAGGUUCAUCACCCGCACACCGAAAUCGACAUGCACUGGGUUCCGGUGACCAAUUUCUGCACCCCGUGUUUCUUCCACUACGAUGUGAUAGCCAAAUUCGAGACGCUCGAUGAGGACCAAAAUUAUUUGAUUGCGGUUGCCCAGCUGGGGGCGAUCAUCAAGGCCCAGUGGCGCAAUGCCGGAAAAGGGGCCCACACAAAUGACGUGGUGAUGAAGCUGUUCUCCGAGCUCAGCAACGACCAAGUCAGGCAGCUGUACGAGUAUUAUCGGUACGAUUUCGAGCUUUUUGGCUACGGGCUUGACGAAUACUGGAAGGGACGAGGAGUUGCACUGAAUUGAAGAACAUUCCCUCCUCCCUCACCCAUUCCCAAUUUCGAUUCGCGUCAAAUUAAACUAUAAUCAACCAAGAAUAUUAGUGAGAGAUCUAGUAGCUGAUAUAAAAAAAAGACGCUAGAGAUAUGAAAUUUUAAGAAAUAGCUGUUUUAAGCUUCAACUUACAAUAAUUUAGAAGACAAAUCUACAUAUGGUGGCGAACAUCAAAUGUUCCGCUUAUUCCUAGUGUGGGUCGGACAAAACUCAGUCCAAUAGCGACCCAUUUCCUUUUCGCUAGUGAAAAAAGACAUAUUUUUCAUAGGGAGAUUAAAUUAAAUCAAAGAAUGAACAGAUCAAUUUUAGACGUCCACUAGUAAGUAGGGAAUUAGAACAUUCAAUUCAAUACGAGAAUAAGCUGAGAAAUCAAAUCUAAAAGACAAUUUAUCCGUUUUCUCUUUCUAUGUAGAAUUAAGCUUCCACAGUCGAUUUCCUGAUCUUCUCUAGUGUCAGAGGCUACCAUAUUCAAACAGCUACCUAAUUAGUGAAGGCAGAUUUAGCCAGAUUUCAAUUCGACAAAAAAUAUUUAAACGACACCAGAUGUUUUGAUAGAAGCAAUAGUUUGAGCCUUGUUUCCAAAAGUUAAACAUACUGAUAGCAAAGGUUUUUCUCCUGAAUUAAUCAACACCAAAACGAGAAAAAAAAGCAUACCAUAUUUCUUCGUUAGAAAGUGCAUUUUAAAACAAUUUAAAUAAACAAUUCCAAGUUAUUGUAAAUCAGAAAAAGGAAAACAACUAAUUCAAAACAAAAACCCCUUAUAAUAAUGAAAAUCGAAAACGAGCAUGUUUAUUGAAUAAAUUUUUU